CGUUUUUACGGGGACGAAGGCGUCGGCUUCUUCUCAGCGUCUUCGCGUCUGCUUCCUUUUCUGCUUCUUCAAGAUUUCUGCUUCAAAUUUUUCCUUUUUCUCAUUUGGGAACAGAAAGGAAGAAGUGUAGAGCAUAUAGUCUGUUGGUUUUUGGCUCUCUCUGGUUUCGAGGUUUGAUUUGCUGAUGAACUGCUAAUUGGUUGAUAUUGAGGUGAUUGCGGUUUGAGCAUCCAUGGGCAAUUGCUUGAAUUCUUCUGCCAAAGUAGAGAACUCCCAGAGCGUUCAGAACACGUAUGCAACUUCAAAAGUUACCAGUAAAACUAGCUUGUCUUCAGCUACUUCCACUCUGACAGUUGCAUCUCACAGUCAAAAGAGUACCACUGAAAGUCUUCCUACUCCUAGAUCUGAAGGCGAGAUAUUGUCAUCUCCAAAUUUGAAAGCCUUCUCUUUUACUGAGCUAAAGAAUGCCACUAGAAACUUCCGUCCUGAUAGUCUCCUUGGAGAAGGAGGAUUUGGUUAUGUUUACAAAGGAUGGAUUGAUGAGCAAACCCUUGCUGCUGCAAGGCCUGGUUCUGGAAUGGUUGUUGCUGUAAAGAAGCUUAAGCCAGAAGGUUUCCAAGGCCACAAGGAGUGGUUGACAGAAGUUAACUAUCUUGGCCAACUUCAUCAUCCUAAUUUGGUUAAGCUUAUUGGUUACUGCUUGGAAGGGGAGAACAGGCUUUUGGUCUAUGAGUUCAUGCCAAAAGGCAGCUUGGAAAAUCAUCUAUUUAGACGAGGAGCCCAGCCUUUAUCUUGGGCAAUAAGGAUCAAGGUCGCCAUAAGUGCUGCUAGAGGGCUUUCUUUCUUGCAUGAUGCUGAAUCUCAAGUUAUAUAUAGGGAUUUCAAGGCUUCCAAUAUACUUUUAGAUGCGGAAUUUAAUGCAAAACUUUCAGACUUUGGCCUGGCAAAAGCAGGCCCUACUGGUGACAGGACUCAUGUUUCUACCCAAGUCAUGGGCACUCAUGGUUAUGCAGCACCGGAAUAUGUUGCCACAGGUCGGCUGUCUGCAAAGAGUGAUGUUUACAGCUUUGGGGUUGUGCUGUUGGAAUUGUUGACUGGGCGUCGUGCCGUUGAUAAAUCAAAAUCUGGUGUGGAGCAGAACCUUGUGGACUGGGCAAAGCCAUAUUUGGGAGACAAGCGCAAAUUGUUCCGGAUCAUGGACACCAAGUUAGAGGGCCAGUAUCCCCAGAAAGGAGCCUAUACAGCUGCCACACUUGCUUCACAAUGCCUCAGCACAGAAGCUAAAGUUCGGCCACGCAUGUCUGUGGUUUUAGCAACAUUGGAGCAGCUCCAAACCCCACACAACACCAACAAAAAUUCCCGACCAGUACAGCAAACAGUCUCCAAUUCUGUCCGCAGGUCUCCAUUAAGACACCAUCAUUCACCAAUGAAUCUCACACCUAGUGCUUCCCCAUUGCCAUCCCACCGGUAAUCGCCAUGUCUAUGCUGAGCAGUUCUGUCUGGCCUUCUUGUAAAUUAUUUUGUUGCACAUUUGUACUGUAAUUCAUGGAAAUGAUAUAGGCUUGUGGCUUGGCAAAAUAAUGUAUUUGAUAGGUUUUACAUUACAAAGGAAAUAUAUUAUUGAUUUUGAUAAUGUUCUUUUAUGAAUUUCAUGGCGCCUAUGUCUAUAACAAGUUAUAAUUUUGGUUGUGUUUG